AAGCGCACGCUGCAGCUAAGAUAACUCGCGAUCUGCACCCGUGCGCCGGACGCUUCCCCCCCCCUUGGCCGGUACGGUACUUUUUGCUUCUCGGGGAGGGCUCGAAGCCGGCACGCUCGUCCACCGGGCCCGCCUUCUGUGGGGGACAAACGUGAAUCAUCCGAGCUUAGUCAGGGCGGGUGGUUGGAAAAGCCGCCGGAAAGACGAGCCUUUUCUUCUUCGUGUCUCUCGCUCUGAAAUCUGGAAGUGAAGCUUGGGGAGGGAGGCGGAAGCGCGCACUCCUCGCUUUGGGAGAAGACUCGACCCACGCCCCAGGCAGGCAGAUAGGGAGAAGGCCCUUUCUGUGCGCUCCGGACCGUCCUAGCCCGGGUUUCCACCCCCUCCCAGCGCGCGGCUGAUGUGCACGAAGAUGGAGCAGCCUUUCUACCCUGACUCCUUUUUCUCCGGCUACAGUCAGGACUACAAGACGCUGAAGUCGGGCAUGGCCCUGAACCUGUCGGCCGAGCCGUUCCGCGCGCUGAAGUCCCAGCUCCCCCAUCACCUCCGCGGCCAAGACGACGGCCCGGUGGGUUACUUCCCCGGCUCGCUCCAACAGCCCUCGGCCGAGACCGGCAACUCCUCUCUCAAGCUGGCUGCUCCGGAGCUGGAGCGCCUCAUCGUCCAGAACAGCAACGGCGUGAUCACUACCACUCCCACGCCGCCGGGCCAGUACUAUUACCCGCGGGGAGCCACCGAGGAGCAGGAGGGCUUCGCCGACGGCUUCGUCAAGGCGCUGGACGACCUGCACAAGAUGAACCACAUGCCGCCCCCCAAUGUCUCGAUCGGGGUGGUGGCGGCGGCGGCAGCGGCGGCCGCCGCCUCAUCGGCCAACAGCGGCUACGGAGCCUCCUUGCCCCAGGAACCGCCUCCCGUCUACACCAACUUGACCAGCUACAACCCCACCGGUUCCCUGAGCAGCUCCUCCAGCUUCCCCAGCGCUAAUCUCAGCUACAUGCCGCAGCCGCACAGCUUGGCCUUGGCCCACCCUGCGCGGGGCUUCAAAGAAGAGCCCCAGACGGUGCCGGAUGUGCAAAGCCCGCCCGUGUCUCCCAUUAACAUGGAAGAUCAGGAGCGCAUCAAGGUGGAGAGGAAGCGGCUGCGCAACCGCCUGGCCGCCACCAAGUGCCGGAAGAGGAAGCUGGAGCGCAUCGCUCGGCUGGAGGAUAAGGUGAAGACCUUGAAGACCGAGAACGCGGGACUGUCCAACACGGCCAGCUCGCUGCGGGACCAGGUAGCGCAGCUGAAGCAGAAAGUCAUGAACCACGUGAACAACGGCUGCCAGCUCCUCUUGACGACCAAGAUGCAACAGACCUUCUGAUGAGGGGUGGGGACUGAGCCGAUCUUUGCCGCCUCAAAAGACCUUUUUUGGGGUGGGGUGGGGAAGAAGAGAAGCGGACUUGUAACGCAAAAGUUUACACGGAACCGGACUGAUGCCCCGAGUUCCCCAACUCUUCUGAAGUCCUGUUUUCCAAGUUGUUAUGUCUGUGACUCUCAAUCUGGUGGAUCCAGAACUCCGAUCUGUGCUGAGUGUGUACGAGUUUUUUUUAUAUCUGUAUGUGUGAGUGAUUUUUUGUGUGUGUGUAUUUAAAAACAAAAGCCUUUUCUCUCUGCUGCAUCGCUGGAUGGUGCAGUAGAACCGGAGGUACUCUGGACAGAGCCAAAAACUGGCCUUCUGCUCUCUUCCUUGUGCCAGUAGAAAAGGAACCGAUCUUUUAAUUUAUAAUUGAAACAAAAGGGACCAGAAAACAGGUUGACAGGGAAGUGAUGGAAUCUCAGCACCUCUUUUCCUCAGAAGGCCACUACAUGGACAGAGGGGUCACUGUGGAGGGAGAAGGGGAUUGUUUACUACUUGCGCUCUUAUUGCUUUUGAGUCCUCAAAUUCAUUUCCCCCCUCAAAAGAUUGUAUUUGUGUUUUUGACUUUUUAUUGAAACUAUUUAAGUAAACAUGUUCUAACUA